UUCACUUCCGCUUCCUCUUCCACAGAGCCACCCAGAACUGAUUCAGAUCAAGACUGAAGAUGGUCACAUCAUAUCACAAAAUGUCCCUUCUAACCUAUUUAUAGUAACCCUUGUGAUUGAGCCUGAUCCAUUCCCUGGUCAGACCAACAUGAACAGGCUGUGUGUGUCUGCUGUCCGCGUAGAGUGCUCACAAAGUGCGCAGAUGGUUUUAUCCGGGUAGGUAACGCUAGCCGUGCACAGCUGCUUUCCGUGGCCCGACCUGCCUGCAUCAUUCAAGGGACGGUGCUCCUUUAACCCAGCAAAGCAACAUGAAUCUCUUCCGUCUAAUAUGUCGCCAUAAGACGGCUCUGGUCAUUGGUACUGUAUGCAGUUUUGCCGUUGUCCUUGUCUUCUUGGCCAAAUGUACAUCAGAAACUCUAAAGCAGGGUCACCUGGAUCCUCCGGGCUUUGCUCCCCACACCAAGUCUUUGCAGUUCCGUCCAGACCACCAGAAUCCUGUGUCCUCUUCGAAAGACUUGUCAGCAUUUCUCGUGGUCCUCAUCACAACAGGACCCAAGUACACAGAACGCAGGAGCAUUAUCCGCAGCACCUGGCUUGCCAAACGUGACUCUGAUGUUCUGGCCAUGUUCGUGGUUGGAACUCAGGGCCUUUCCAGCGAAGACCUUCAGAAUCUGAACACGGAGCAAGGACGGCACAAAGACUUGCUCUUACUGCCUGAUCUGCGGGAUUCUUAUGAGAACCUGACACUAAAGCUGCUGCACAUGUACUCCUGGCUGGACCAGAAUGUGGACUUUAAGUUUGUCUUCAAAGCGGACGACGACACAUUUGCUCGCUUGGACCUCCUUAAAGAGGAGCUGAAGGGGAAAGAGCCAAGCAAGUUGUACUGGGGUUUCUUUUCAGGGAGAGGCCGUGUGAAAUCAGCUGGGAAGUGGCGCGAAAGCUCUUGGGACCUCUGUGAUUAUUACCUGCCCUAUGCCCUGGGCGGGGGUUACAUUCUCUCAUCAGACCUGGUACGCUACGUGCAUCUUAACGCGGGCUACCUCAAGAUAUGGCAGAGCGAGGACGUGUCACUGGGCGCCUGGCUGGCACCGGUGGAUGUUCGGCGGACGCACGACCCGCGCUUCGACACGGAGUACAAGUCGCGAGGUUGCAACAACAAAUACCUGGUGACGCACAAGCAGAGUUUGGAGGACAUGUUGGAGAAACACCAGACUCUGCAGCGAGACGGGAGGCUCUGCAAAGAGGAGGUCAAGCUGCGGUUAUCCUACAUUUAUGACUGGAGUGUUCCACCCUCACAGUGCUGCCAAAGGAAAGAUGGGAUUCCAUAGUUUCUGUCCUUUGCCUAAUAAUAUAUAUUUUAAUACAAAAUGAGGAAUGUUCACGUUUUCCAUUGGAUCGCGAUCUGUGUGGACGCUUUUAGAAUUGUGCAAUUGGUACUAGAUGUCAGAAGACAAACAAUACUCCAGUUGAAAACUUCAUUCUAAACUGUCAAAAAAAAACAACCUUACAUUCGUGGAAACACAAAUGGAUCCAGUGUAGAACUGAUAGCACCAGUUAUUUGCGUGUUUGUUUGCGUUUUCUCCUUCACAUGCACUGUUACCUAUAAACCGGAGCUAUCUCACCAGCUCUUAAUUGGACAAGAGGAAAGAACAGCUUUAAUCAAGAGCUGGCUCUUGGAGACUUUAAACUGUCUAAUUAAGGAUAAAAACCUUAAAAACAUUGAGCUUCAGUGUUAUUUAAAUGUCAAGUAAGCAAUAGAAUAAAACAAGCUCCCCGUCUCUAGGCUUUCUGUUCUUCAUUUUAUGGAAAGCCAUAUUUGGACUUAAUUAUGCGCUUUGCAGCACCAUCUGGCAUGUAAUAAACCACCUUAAAGGUGCCACCUGCAUAUCAUUUAGUGUUGCUGCAUACUUCUGAAUGACUUAUGAAUGUCAACAGAUGCUCAAUAGGAACCACUUGGUGUUCAAAAAGUGUAUUGCCGCCAGGUGUUAGUUAAACAUCUGGUGUUGCUUAUCAAACUUCUAUUGGUGUAGAAUUAGUAACGCUGCUCUUAGAUUUUUUUUUUUUUUGAGUUUUGUUUAUUAAGUUUAUUUAAUGGGUAGUAGUCGCUAAAUAACUGCCAGGUGGGGCUCUUAACAUUAUCUAGUGGUCACCAAGUGGAACUGCAAAUUGAUUAUUAAUGCCAAAACUGCUUUCUAUAAUAACACAUCAUGUAGCUGAGAUGAGACAACAAGCUGCAUAGAGCUGUGCAUACAGACAGAGCGGAGUGGUAAGAAAAACAUUUAAAUGCAAUUGAUAUUAUUGCAGUCUUCAGUAAUAAUGCAAUUUCAUGUUUUCCUGAUAAUCCACAGCACAGUACUGUCCUGUUUUGUAGGUUUACUAAGAAGCACUAUGGUGGAAAAUUUUCUCUCUCAUUUAAACUGGGAGGGCUCGAAAACCAAUGCUAAUAUUCACUAUAGUUUGGAAGUAUUUAAACAUUUUCAGAUCCCUCAAAAUGUCUAGUCAGAGCUUCGACAGAUGUGGUUUUUGUGUUUUUUUGUAGAUGUGUGAUUUGGAAAAAAAAAACUUUCAACCAAGCCGAAGGUUGGUUUGAAACUCUCACUAUAGUCUAGGCUUGGUUCUCAAGUCUGUUGAUUUAGUCUUUGCAUAUGUUAAUGUGGUGCAAAGACACCAAUACAUGAAUUCCCUCUGAUUUGUUUUUAGAAACAGACGGGGGUUUUAAACCGAGCUGUUACCUUUUCUGUGUAGUCUCGGACGUUUUCGACCUCAAGUUGUUCGACGUAAGUAUUUCCCCAAUUUAACGUCUCACUUCCUGAAUAAAAGGCCAAUGUCAAUCCUGUUGCUUUUUUAGUCGUUUACUGCUUGAACCUCGCUGUGAUCUCCAGUUUACAACCUCAGUAACUUAAAUCCGUAUGUGCUUCAUCUGCUGAAACUUCUUCGUGGGCAAUAUUUAAAGUGUCGUCAUACAUGGAAACCUGGACAUUACUCUCCCAUAUUGUUUUAUUUCCCUUCUUUUUAUAUUCUGUGAAAGUAAUUUUUUUGUGAUUUAUUUAUUUAUUAUUAACUUAUUCUGUAGCAAACGCAGCACUACAGUUUGGACUUAAGUGCAGUGGAUGUUACUUCGGAACAUGUUGGACUGAAUGAACACAAAUAAUGGGUUAUGAGAAAUUUUCUUUUUUUUUUUUAAAACAACUUGUUUAUGAACCAUGCUACGUAAGGUUUUGUUUUAAUGGUGCAAAAGAAAAUGUUUGACUAUAUCUUAUUGAAAAGGCCUUCCUCCUUAUAGUAAAACUAAUGUGAGAAUGAUAUGACAAACAUUAGCGGUACAAGAGUUUUUGUUUUUUUUUGUACUGUCGGGAUCAGUGUAUUUAUUGUGCUAAUCGUGAAUGUUUGUUAGCAGCACACCUGGCACUUUUUUUCACUUGUUUUGUUUUUGUUUUUUCUAAUUACUUUUAAGUUCCUGUAAUGUUUCUUUGUUGGUAAUUGUCGUUCUUGAUGUGACUCUUCACCAUAAACUCUCCUUUUUAAUGUCUGUAAUGUCUUAACACUUCGGGAAGUUUAUGACACAGAUUUGGAUGAUGGGCUGUAACAUCGACUGGCGACCAGAUUUGUUGGUUUGAUUUUCAGUUUGGAAAAAUUGUUUUCAGAAAAAAGAGAUAAAAAAAGAUCAACUUUCAAGCUUAUUUUUAAUGGCUCAUGUUAUGUUUUUGUAAAUGUUGCAGUUCCCCUGUCCUCUGCGUUUAUUCGUCACUUCUUAUGCUUUUCUGAUUGCUAUCACAUGUCUAAAUGUUUUAUUAAAAAAACCCAAAUGUA